CGGCUCUACGAUAUCGAUAUCACAGAAAGUCGCACCUUCCCCGAACUGGUCAAUCACAUCUGUGCAGUCCUCCAAGUGGACGAUGAUGCCGACGACGAAGAAGCGCUCGUCAGUCCCGUUCUGGGCUACAUUCACCUCAGAUCGGUCGACAGCGAGCGGAAACGCGUCGGCUUGCUCUCGCCGCUCGCCGGCCGAUUGCCUCGGAAGAGGCUUGUCUUUGCCUCGCUCGAAUGGUCAGAAUCUUGAGCAGGCUUCAGUAGAGAUGUGUUGUUGUCAUCACGCUUGUCAAAAGAGAACUUUGCUGAAGCAGCUGGAGCAGUCGGUCGCGCGUCACAGACGUGGCACAAGCAAGAGAGGAGACCAGACCGACUUGGACAGGCAGACGCCAUCAUGGCACAGGCCCACCCAGAUAUGCAUAGUCAAUACCCGAACCGAGUAGAGCCUGCUACGCCAACAUAUGCUACUGCUGAGGGCAGCAACACGCUCCAAAGUACAGACAGUCCGGUCGAUAGAUUGGCCGGCGCUGCGCCUAGCACUGCAGACGCUGCAAGGCUAGCAUUCACAGCAGCAUCAGCGGGUAUGACUAGCACAGAUAUAGCACGUCGAGCCUCUGGAUCGGCAGGAGAUGCGACCGCCAACGAUCCACAAUCGCCUCGAACGGCCUCGACAGCACAAUCAGCAGUCUCCCUGGCCAACGCCAAUCCGACAGUAUCCCCGCAUACGAUCGCAAUAGAGCCGCCGAGGCCGGCAGUAGAUAUGAGCCCGGGGCUUCAAGCUGCUACGAGUGGCACGCCGCCCAAAGUCAUCGUAAGCGAGAGAGAUCAACGCAGGCGAAUCAAUGCACAGACCAUCUUCACACUCUUUAGCAUCAAUGCCGAACUCAUAAAGCUAUGUACACAAGCGCAGCAUGCGACCGAUGACGGCCAGUUACUCAAAGAAUUGUCUCAGCGACUACAAGCGAACUUGAGCUACCUUGCUGCUUUUGCGGCUCAAGCUCAGGCCCAGUCCGCCUCUGCAGACCAACCAUUAAAAGCGCCCAGGCCAUCUACAGAUCUGCCAACCGGCAUAGGCAGCAACGAGGCGCUAGCCAAUAUGUACAACCAGCUCAAGUAUCUCUUCACACAAUCGGCCAUGAUUGCGCAACGGAGUCCUCCCGUCGAAGAUCCAAAGGCUGCUCUGCUCUCUCAGAGCAUGCCAGGUGGAGGUACGCUCAAACGAGAAGAGAGUGGCGACGCGUUGGAAGCAUUACGAGAGGCGAAGAAGAGUCGAGCCGAGUCUGAUGUGGGGCAAAGGAGUGCAACGGUUUCAGGCUCGAUGCCAUCAACGCCUGGCAGUAUCGGGCCUGCCGCUGCUCGUAUCAUGCUUCCUGCACAGCCGAACAUUCCUGCCAAUGGCUAUGCGCGCCCAACGAGUCAGAGCGCUAGCCGACCAGCACCCACAAGUAGACCAACCACUGCACAAUCUCAGACUUCCAUCUCGAGCGGGCCGGAGAUCCAAGCACUCAUGCACACUAUUGCUUCUUGUCAAGAGCAAUACGGACAGGUCAUGAACGCCAUGCGCUCUCCAGCGUUCGAGAGCUACCCUCCUGGCGCGCAAGCACAGCUGCAGAACACGGCAAGUCAGCUGAUACAGCAAGCCAAGCAAGCCGGUGCACAAGUACAGCAAUUGCAAUCACAGGCGCAGGCUCAGGCGCAAGCGCCAGGGACGAGUAACAACAGUCAGGACGGCUCGCCACAGGGAUCUGUGCCACCUUCGCCCGCUACACGGCCUGCGUCUCGGGUGGCGCAAUAUGCUGCACCGCAGGGGCCAGCUAUGCUGCCUCAGCAGAUGUCAUAUGCACCAUCCCUGCCGCAGAAUCAGUCUAUACCGGCACAAUAUUCUCAAUCGCCCUAUCCACAGCCACUGCAGGCAUACGCGCAUGCCUAUCCGCAGCAGAUGCAACAGGGUCAGGGUUAUGGCCAGGCGAAUACAGCAUAUCAACAACAAUACCAGAUGCAACAGAGAUAACCAGUCUUGCUUGUCGUGUCCUGUAGAUGCAGUGUUGUCAGCAUGUGUCCCGAUGUAACACUUGCGAAGGAUGGAAAGAAUAUCAGCAUUGCAGAAAAUGAGUCG